GAAAUUUUAUACUACUGUUCACGGAUUGUUCAUCUUUCAGGGCUUCCAUUGAACUGAUAGUUUACCUCAAAAGGAGUUAAAUUAAAGUAGUAAUGAAGUCAAGAGCGGAAUCUCCUGUCUUGAGUUCUCUAUUUUUAAGUUUGAUCAUCAUAAUAGCUCAGAAAUGUGAAUACAUUUUAUUAGUCGGAGGACAGAAAGUGCCUGCUAUAUUUUUGUUUGGAGACUCCUAUGGAGAUACAGGGAAUAAUGGUUUUAUUGGUACGACAAGUACAGGAAAUUUUCCCCCAUAUGGAAGAGAUUUCAAAGAUCACAUUCCCACAGGAAGGGUAUCAAAUGGAAAGCUCAUGUCUGACUACUUUGCUGAAGGACUUGGAAUUAAGGAACUAUUGCCUCCAUAUUUGGACCCAACCCUCAAGGCCCAAGACUUGCUAACUGGUGCCUGUUUUUCAUCUUCUGGCACAGGCCUAGACAAUCUCACUGCCCAUAUAUUGAAUGUGAUACCAGUUUGGAAACAAAUAGAGUAUUUUAAAGAGUAUAGAAAUAAAAUAGCAGGAUUGGUGGGAGAAGAAGAGGCCGCCACCAUAAUCAGAAAUGCAAUAUUUUUCUUUUCAAUAGGCACCAAUGACUUCAUUGUCAACUACUUCUUAGUCUCACCUCGUCGACUUCAAUUCACUGUUCAAGAGUAUACAGAUUUACUCUUGAAUACAUACACAGAUUAUAUCAAGGAAUUAUACAAUCUGGGUGCCACUAAAAUUGCUUUGAUUAAUGUUCCACCAUUGGGAUGUCUGCCAACAGAGAGAACUGUUACAAGCCUUCGGAACAAGGGAGCAUGUGACCAGGAGGUAAACCAGGCUGCAGAUGGAUUCAAUUCAGGAAUAAAUGCCAUGAUUGAAGGACUCAGACCUGGUUUUCCUAGCCUUCAAAUUAUUUCUCUCGAUUACCACAGUCUGAUUUCCGACUUCAUUGCAAAUCCUAGCAAAUACGAUUUGGAGGUGAUUGAUAAGGGUUGCUGUGGGACAGGCAGGAUAGAAGUUGGCUUCUUGUGCAAUGAAUUCACUCCCUUCACAUGCCCUGAUGCUUCCACAUAUCUAUUCUUUGAUUCCGUCCACCUUACUCAGAAGGCAUAUCAAUUCAUUUCUAAUGUAUUUCUAACCAGAGAUAUUCCUCAACUUCUUUAAACUUGAUUAUGAUUUUAUUUACAGUUGCAUAUAAUAUGCUGCAAAGGUUAUCCAUGGAAACUUUAAAAUUUUGUUUUAAUAAGGAGAACCAUGAACAUGAAUUUCUAUUAUCAUAAUUGCAUGAAA